GGGCAACACCGUAGCGGCCGCCGCGGGCUGGCCGGCCGGCCAUGGAGGCAGAUGGGGCUGGCGAGCAGAUGAGACCGCUACUCACCCGGGGUCCUGAUGAAGAAGCUGUUGUGGAUCUUGGCAAAACCAGCUCAACUGUGAACACCAAGUUUGAGAAAGAAGAACUAGAAAGUCAUCGAGCUGUAUACAUUGGUGUUCACGUCCCAUUUAGUAAAGAGAGUCGUCGACGUCAUAAGCAUCGUGGACACAAGCAUCACCACCGGAGAAGAAAAGAUAAAGAAUCAGAUAAAGAAGAUGGACGGGAAUCUCCUUCUUAUGACACACCAUCCCAGAGGGUUCAGUUCAUCCUUGGUACCGAAGAUGAUGAUGAAGAGCACAUUCCGCACGAUCUCUUCACAGAAAUGGAUGAGCUGUGUUACAGAGACGGAGAAGAGUACGAAUGGAAAGAAACUGCCAGGUGGCUGAAAUUUGAAGAGGAUGUUGAAGAUGGUGGUGACCGGUGGAGUAAACCCUAUGUGGCAACUCUCUCUUUGCACAGUCUUUUUGAACUUAGAAGUUGCAUCCUUAAUGGAACCGUCAUGCUGGAUAUGCGAGCAGGCACUCUUGAUGAAAUAGCAGAUAUGGUAUUGGACAACAUGAUAGCCUCUGGCCAGUUGGAUGAGUCCAUUAGAGAGAAUGUCAGAGAAGCGCUGCUGAAGAGACAUCAUCAUCAGAAUGAGAAAAGAUUCACCAGUCGGAUUCCCCUUGUUCGAUCUUUUGCAGAUAUAGGCAAGAAACAUUCUGACCCUCACUUGCUUGAAAGGAAUGGGGAAGGCCUUUCAGCCUCCCGCCACUCUUUGCGAACAGGUCUGUCCGCCUCACACCUUUCACUGAGAGGAGAAUCGCCUUUGUCUCUUCUUCUCAGUCAUCUUCUUCCUUCUUCAAGAGCUGGAACCCCUGCUGGCUCGAGGUGUACAACUCCCGUACCCACCCCUCAAAACAGCCCUCCUACUAGCCCUAGCAUCAGUCGCCUGACCUCCAGAAGUUCCCAACAGAGUCAGCUUCAGGUCCCAGAACUACUGGUUUCUCCUGCCAGUGAUGAUAUUCCCACAGUAGUAAUCCAUCCGCCAGAGGAAGACUUAGAAGCACCGGAAGGCCAGGAGGAGAAGAAUGAGGAAAAUGUUGACAUAACUCCAGGUAUUUUAGCCUCUCCACAAUCUGCACCUGGAAACUUGGACAGUAGUAAAAGUGGAGAGAUUAAAGGUAAUGGAGGUGGAGGCAGCAGAGAAAAUAGUACUGUUGAUUUCAGCAAGGUUGAUAUGAAUUUCAUGAGGAAAAUUCCUUCUGGAGCUGAGGCAUCCAAUGUUCUGGUGGGAGAAGUGGACUUUCUGGAAAGGCCUAUCAUCGCGUUUGUGCGGCUGGCCCCUGCCGUUCUCCUCUCGGGGCUGACCGAGGUCCCUGUUCCCACCAGGUUUUUGUUUCUGUUACUGGGUCCAGCAGGAAAGGCACCACAAUACCAUGAAAUUGGAAGAUCAAUAGCCACUCUCAUGACGGAUGAGAUUUUUCAUGAUGUAGCUUAUAAAGCAAAAGACAGAAAUGACCUCUUAUCUGGAAUUGAUGAAUUUUUAGAUCAAGUAACUGUCCUACCUCCAGGAGAGUGGGAUCCCUCUAUACGUAUAGAGCCACCAAAAAGUGUUCCUUCUCAGGAAAAGAGAAAGAUUCCUGUAUUUCCCAAUGGAGCUGCCCCCAGCUCGGGUGAGAUUCCUAAAGAGGCCGCUCAUCACGCUGGCCCUGAGCUACAGAGGACUGGACGGCUUUUUGGUGGUUUGAUACUUGACAUCAAAAGGAAAGCACCUUUUUUCUUGAGUGACUUCAAGGAUGCAUUAAGUCUGCAGUGCCUGGCCUCGAUUCUUUUCCUAUACUGUGCCUGUAUGUCUCCUGUAAUCACUUUUGGAGGGCUGCUUGGAGAAGCUACAGAAGGCAGAAUAAGUGCAAUAGAGUCUCUUUUUGGAGCAUCAUUAACUGGGAUUGCCUAUUCGUUGUUUGCUGGGCAACCUCUAACAAUAUUGGGGAGUACAGGUCCAGUUUUAGUGUUUGAAAAAAUUUUAUUUAAAUUCUGCAGAGAUUAUCAGCUUUCCUAUUUGUCUUUAAGAACCAGUAUUGGUCUGUGGACCGCUUUCUUGUGCAUUGUUCUGGUUGCCACAGAUGCCAGCAGCCUUGUGUGUUACAUCACUCGCUUCACAGAGGAGGCUUUUGCAGCUCUCAUUUGCAUCAUAUUCAUCUACGAGGCUUUGGAGAAGCUCUUCCAUUUAGGAGAAACAUAUGAAUUUAAUAUGCACAAUAAUUUAAAUGGACUGACCAGCUACUCAUGUGUAUGUAUGGAACCUCCUAACCCUAGCAAUGAAACACUAAAUGUAUGGAUGGAAAAUAAUAUAACAGCACAUGAUAUUUCCUGGAGCAAUCUCACUGUUUCUGAAUGUAGAACCUUUCAUGGUGUAUUUGUAGGAUCAGCUUGUGGUCCUCAUGGGCCUUAUGUUCCAGACGUGCUCUUCUGGUGUGUUAUCUUAUUUUUCACAACAUUUUUUUUGUCUUCAUUCCUCAAGCAAUUUAAGACCAAGCGCUAUUUUCCUACCAAGGUGCGAUCGACAAUCAGUGACUUUGCUAUAUUUCUCACAAUAGUAAUAAUGGUUGCAAUUGACUACCUUGUAGGAGUUCCAUCUCCUAAACUUCAUGUUCCUGAGAAAUUUGAGCCUACUGAUCCAAAUAGGGGCUGGAUCAUAAGCCCUUUGGGAGAAAAUCCUUGGUGGACCUUAUUAAUAGCUGCUGUUCCAGCUCUGCUUUGUACCAUUCUCAUCUUUAUGGAUCAACAAAUUACAGCUGUGAUCAUAAACAGAAAGGAGCACAAAUUGAAGAAAGGAGCUGGCUAUCACCUUGACUUGUUUGUGGUUGGUGUCAUGCUGGGAGUUUGCUCUGUCAUGGGUCUUCCAUGGUUUGUGGCUGCAACAGUGUUGUCAAUAAGUCAUGUCAACAGCUUAAAACUUGAAUCUGAAUGUUCUGCUCCAGGGGAACAACCCAAGUUUUUGGGAAUUCGUGAGCAGCGAGUGACAGGGCUAAUGAUUUUUAUUCUAAUGGGCCUGUCUGUAUUUAUGACUUCAGUACUAAAGUUUAUCCCAAUGCCUGUUCUAUAUGGUGUUUUUCUUUAUAUGGGAGUUUCCUCACUAAAAGGAAUCCAAUUUUUUGACCGUAUAAAAUUAUUUGGAAUGCCUGCUAAGCACCAGCCCGAUCUGAUAUACCUCCGUUAUGUGCCUCUCUGGAAGGUCCAUAUUUUCACAGUCAUUCAGCUUACUUGUCUGGUUCUUUUGUGGGUAAUAAAAGCUUCAGCUGCUGCAGUAGUUUUUCCCAUGAUGGUUCUUGCAUUAGUCUUUAUACGUAAACUCAUGGAUCUGUGUUUCACAAAACGAGAACUUAGUUGGCUUGAUGAUCUUAUGCCAGAAAGUAAGAAAAAGAAAGAAGAUGACAAAAAGAAAAAAGAGGAAGAGGAAGCUGAGCGAAUGCUUCAAGCUGAAGACGACACUGUGCACCUUCCAUUUGAAGGGGGAAGUCUUCUGCAGAUUCCUGUUAAGGCCCUAAAAUACAGUGUCGAUCCCUCAGUUGUUAACAUAUCAGAUGAAAUGGCCAAAACUGCACAGUGGAAGGCACUUGCCAUGAAUACCGAGAAUGCCAAAGUAACCAGAGCUAACACGAGCCCUGAAAAACCUGUGAGUGUGAAAAUAAAUAUUGAAGAUGAACCAACAAAGAAAUACAUGGAUGCUGAAACUUCAUUAUAGAAUUGAACCAAGAGGAAUUAUAUAUAGAUACACAAAUACAUAUACAUAUGUGUGUGUGUGUGUAUAUGUAUGUAUAUAAUAUGUGUAUUUCAUGUCACAAUACAUAACGAUAUUGUAUGUCAUGCUAUUUGUGCGUGACCACCGGGUUUUUAGAGUGGUGUCUGAGCGCCAUGGAGACUGUAGAUAAUGAAAUGGUCUUUUAGCAGGGAGGUGUAUGGCUCUUACUAUUCAAGUAUUUAUUCUGUCGAAAAAUUUUUUUCUGUUCUGCAAUUGAAACAUGUGGGGAAAUGUAUUCAGUGUACAUUUAUUUAAAUCUUUGUUUAUCAGUGACAAUUCAUAACAACCUUAAUACUUUGUCCAUAUAUUUAUAAUUUUAACUUGAGUUACACAUAUUUCACUUCAUUAGUGCUUUAUGGGAAGAACCAGGGAGUUGUUAUGCCGAUGCUGUGAGACAAACAGUAACAUGUCAUGGCUUCUCUGUGUAUGUUUCAUUUAUGUCGAUGUCCAUCAUGUUUCACAAGCGAUGGAAUUUUUUAACUAUAGAGGUAGGACAAUGGAAACUUUCUAGAUAAGUACUAUAGUUUUGACCUUUUUGUUUUAAAAUUUAUUUUAAAUCUUAAAACCUCCACAUCUAGGUUUUCAUUCAGAUAGACAAGUAAAAUCACAGAUGUUAAACCCCCAUCCCAGUCAUAAAUUUAUGAAUUUUAGAAGCUAUGAAAUGCCAGUUAUAAUAGUUAACUUUUGUUGCCUUUGUAGACAAUAUUUUUCUGAAUUCUAAGACUUUAUUAGAGCCCAGAAUGCUCAUUCUGUUCUCUGCCUUUGCUGUCUUUUACUUAAAUGUGGUUUAGUUUAUAUCAGGUUCAAGGUUUUGAUUAUUUUUCUAUUAUAAGUAGAACGAUGAAAUAAUCAGGAGUCAGAAUUCUCUUAAGUGGGUUUAUGAUCAGUAUUACUUUAUUCUAGUAAGA